AGAGGAGUGAAUGGAGUCGGGGCUCCUCAGGUGUUCGGCUGCAGUCAUGGCCGGGAGCUCAGAGAAAGUACCGAUCGCCUCAGCGGGACCGGAGGACCUGCAGCAGUUCAUGCCUCCGGCCUACUCCGCCGUGGCGGUGAAGCCCGCCGCCACCGGCCGCCUCCUGAAGGCCGGCAUCGCGGUGCUCAUCGCCGGAGCCCUGCUGCUUCUGCUGGGAGCAGUUGGAGCUUUUUACUUCUGGAACAACAAUGAAAAACACGUCUACAAUGUCCACUACAGCAUGAGCAUCAAUGGCAAAGUGGAGGAGGGCUCAAUGGAAAUCGACACGGCCAACAACAUGGAGAGAUUCAGCACCAGCAGCGGGGCGGAGGAGGCCGUGGAGGUCCACGACUUUGAGAUUGGCAUCACAGGGAUUCGCUUCUCAGGAGGAGAGAAGUGCUACAUCAAGACCCAGGUGAAGGCUCGUCUGCCUGACGUGGAGACUCUCAACAAGGAAUCCAUGACGUUCAACCUGGAGGACGAGGUGAUGCCGGCCAAGUUUGAGGACGAUCUGAUCUGGGUGGCGGCCGACACGCCCCUCUCUGACUCCGCCUUCCUCAGCAACAAGAUCAAGGACUUGUGCGGAGACCUGCCCAUCUUCUGGCUCCGCCCCACCUACUCGACCAGCGGACAGAGGAAGAAGAGAGCCGCCCUGCGCCAGCGCCGCCAGACAGCCGGGGCCGUGGCAGAGGAGGAGGAGGAGAAGGUGGAGGCAGAUUUAAACCCAGAGAACCCCUACCAGAGAGGCCUGGAGGGCGAGCAGGGCAACAUGAACAUCGACCCCAUGCUGGAUCACCAGGGCGUGUGCUGUGCCGAGUGCCGCCGAGGCUACACCCACUGCCAGAGGAUCUGCGAGCCGCUCGGAGGCUACCACCCGUGGCCGUACCACUACAGAGGGUGCAGGGUGGCCUGCAGAGUCAUCAUGCCCUGCAACUGGUGGGUGGCCCGCAUCCUGGGUCUGGUGUAGACACCCCCCACCUGAGUCCGGGAUUGAAGAAAGUAGGGAGGGGAGGGAGGGAUGGAUGGGGUUGCGAGGGAAGGGAGAUGAAGGGGAAAUGUUUUGCUUCUCAUUUCCUUUACAUACCUGUUGGUCAGAGCAGAUUGGUAGAAAGAUGAGCAGCAUCAGUAGCCGUGCCCACACAUUAUAAAUGCAUGGAACAGAAUCUAGGACACCGGGAUCUCACAUAUAAAGGUUUGCAGUCGCUGAGCACUGCACAGCUUCUCUUAUUAAAAAAACAUACCUGCUUUCCAGUCAGAUCCUCCUUAUCUACAGCUCGACACGCUGUCGAGAGAACGUACAGCGGACCUGUUUUCACUGAAUUAUGUGCACAGCAGCACAACAUGUAUCUGUAGGUAAAGCAGGUGAGAUUGUAUUCAUAGAGCUGACCUUUUCUUUCAUCCUUUGCUUUCUGAUGUAAAUAAAUGUAUAGGGACCCGUACUUUUUCAGUAGCAGUCGGCUGGCUUAAUUAGCGUCUGUUGUUAGUUUUACUUUUCAUCCCUCAUUAUUUUUAACUGCUGUGAUUUUAACUCAUGAAAACAAUGUACUGUACGCGCUCUCUCACAAACUCAUCUCAAUGUAUUUUGACCUGCAUUGAAGGAGCUGACUCAACGUGCAAUAUCACUGAAUAAACUUUUUUAAGUAAA